CUCUACAAAAUCCAGUAUAAACAAUAUCUUCACUAUACUUCCUUACUGAGUUGAUAAACCUUUUUCAUCUCAUGUCAGUAAAUGGUCAAACUUUUUUAAAAAUUAUUUUUUGAGAAACGAUUAUAGUAUCAAACUACAAAAACUAUAUGUGGUCAGAUGCGCAAUAAAAUUCUCCAUCGAACCUGCUAUUCAGCUUUUUGAUACUUUCACAUUUUUAAAUCUGGCAGGGUCGGUUGUCUAACUGUGUUUUGUGAUAUAUUAUUGGGGUUUUGUUUUCGAGGACGAGACAAACCUUUCUUCACUAGUAACAACACCAAGAUCUACCGUCAAUGCAGAUAUUCUUUCAAUUCUGUGUGUCCAUAGUCCGCUAAGGAUUGUAUGGUUUCUAAGGAAGCAGGAGAAUAAGCGAAAAUAUUUUUUUAUUUUUAUUUUGAACACACGCGAUAUGAAGGCUGACGUAAAAUGAGAUACAUGUGAUAUAAAUCAGCUACCAAUUAAUUAAUGACCUCUAAAGCACACGAACUAUUUUUCUAGUAACUACAACUGCGACGAGUACAACCAGCACAUCUACAACAACAACACUUUCCUUGUGUUUUAGUAGCGCUUCAGCAACAGGUAUAUCUUUUUGUAUUGUUAUGAGAGAUCAGCGUUAUCAGUGCUAGUAGGUUUUUUCUAGCACUUAAUAUCGAAGUAAUUUUAUUCAUUCUUCGUAUAGACAGUGUUUGUUUAGACUACCAGUCUGCUUCUUUCUUAUAAGGUAAUCAAAUUCUAUCGUCUGGUACCUCACUAUUAGCAUUUACGAACGCAUGUGCUGCUACUUCGUGGUUUCAAGUAGCUUGGCUUUAUACAGCCCAGUCAUCGAAUGAAACACUUACUUUGGCAGCCUACAAUGCUCCAGCAUGGACUUGGAUAGAUGAUAUAUCAGUUAUAGAUACUAGUAAUUCACAUCAAUUAUUAAUCAAUGGUGAUUGGGAAAAUGGUACACUAAUGACUGGAUGGCAAGGAACAAAUGUAGUAACAAGUAAUAGCUGUCAUGGAGGCACUUGGUGUUAUUAUCAAGGUGCUAGCACAGUGGAGUAUACGUGGCAAUCAUUUACAACUGUUCCUGGCACCCAGUUGAAUAUGAGUUUCUGGAUAAUGUGGACUGGAUCAGGUUCAGCAGUAUACACAAACAUAACAAUUACUCCUUGA